GAGAGGGUGUCACUCCUGACUCCACGGCUAAGUUAGCAGAAGUCUGCUGGCAGCACUCGGAAGGGGAAGUGUUGAAGCGGGCUUUUCUGCAGUGCAGGGCUGUAAUUUGCUGAAGGAGGCAAAGAACAUCCUUCGAUCUAAAUAGGGCUUUUAGUGUGCUCAUUGAUGAGUGAAAGUCGCCACACAUGUCAAGCUAAAGGCAGUUGUUGGGUUACUAACAGGACACAACGUCUUGCAAACAUAUGCGUUAAGCUGUGUAUACAGAUGGCAGGGAGAAUAAUGGAGCAGGCGCCUCUUAUAAAGCUCUAGCUGCUGCCUGUCUUCAGACCUGGGAAAUGAAACUAUUCAGACUCAGGGCCAGAUAGCGCCUGGGAUUGUUUGUUACCGUUUUAAUCCUAUUAAUUAAAACGUUAACCUGAUUGGGUAGAAAGCUCUGUCCCAACAGGCGAGUCUUCUUCAUAAUAACCUACUCUCAGAGAUAAUGAUGUAAAAGACUCCCCCGUCUGCGGCGGCUGCUGGUUGAUGGGUCCGGAAAUCUCUUGAAGGUGAAUCCAAGCAAGAUAAACGGUGGAAGCGGCUCCGCUGGCAUCGCACAAUGCCCCAGCGCGGCGCCUGCUGAGGGCGAGCCGGAGCCGGAGCCGCAGCCGGAGCCACAGCCCGAGCCACAGCCACAGCCGGAGCCGCAGCCCGAGCCGGAGCCGCCGCCGGAGCCGCCGCCGGAGCCGCAGCCCGAGCCGCCGCCGGAGCCGGAGCAGGGGCAGCCGCGGCGCCGGGCACGGCGCAGCCCCGGCGGGAGCCGGGAGGCGAUUUCUGCCAGCGGGACGCCGGGGAGCCGCCCGCCGCGGCGCGGAGCCUUGGAGGAGCGGGCCGGGAGCUGAGCGGGGCGGAGGAGGCGGAGGCGGAGGCGAGCGGGGCGCCGAUGGAGCGGGCGCUGGGGCUGCCCGCAGAAGAGGACCUCUUCCACAAGAGCCUCGCCGCCUCGGCCAAGCGCAUGGAGUCCGCCUUCCGCUCGCCCCCGGGGCUCGACCUCUCCCACCCCCGCGACCGCCAGCCCUCGCCGCUCGCCUGCUACGAGGCGGCGGAGCCCGAGGCGCUGCUGCAGCCCGGCGUCGGCGGCGACCCGCUGGCGCUACCGCCGGGCUCCGUCUGCGUCAAGUACGGCGAGAGCGCCAGCCGCAGCUCGGUGGCCGAGAGCAGCGGCGGCGAGCAGAGCCCCGACGACGACAGCGACGGCCGCUGCGAGCUGGUGCUGCGCGGCGCCGGGGGGGACCCGCGCGUCGCCUCGCCGGCGGCGGGCGGCGGCGGCGGCGGGGGGGGCGGGGGGCUGAAGGCGGCCGAGGGCGGCUGUUCCAACAGCCACGGGCACGGCGGCAGCAAGAAGUCCAAGGAGCAGAAGGCGCUGCGCCUCAACAUCAACGCGCGGGAGCGGCGGCGGAUGCACGACCUGAACGACGCGCUGGACGAGCUGCGGGCGGUCAUCCCCUACGCGCACAGCCCCUCGGUGCGGAAGCUCUCCAAGAUCGCCACGCUCCUCCUGGCCAAGAACUACAUCCUGAUGCAGGCGCAGGCCCUGGAGGAGAUGCGGCGCCUGGUGGCUUAUCUCAACCAGGGCCAGGCCAUCUCGGCCGCCUCCCUGCCCAGCUCCGCCGCGGCGGCGGCGGCGGCGGCGGCGGCGCUGCACCCCGCCCUCGGCGCCUACGAGCAGGCAGCUGGCUACCCCUUCAGCGCCGGGCUGCCCCCCGCCACCUCCUGCCCGGAGAAAUGUGCCAUUUUCAACAGCGUCUCCUCCAGCCUCUGCAAACAGUGCACGGAGAAGCCUUAAGCGCCGCCGCCACCGCCCCCCGCCGCGGCCCCGGGGAGCGGCGACAGCCGGCGGCCCGGCCCCGGGCCGGGGGCCGCGGGGGCGGCGGAGGGACUGACCGCUGCCCGGCCCCCGCCUCCCUCAGCCCGGCCUCGCUUCGCCUCGCUCUUGUCCUCGGGUUUUGCCGAGACGGGACCGCGACGGGAGCCAGCGUGCGUGCGGCGCCGGGGAGGGGGCGCGGGGCCGGGGGUGUCGCGGGGAGGAAGCCCUGGCCCGGAGGGUGCUUGGGGGGGUCGCUCUCGCCGGGAGACCGCUGCGCGUUCGGACAAAGGAGAGGCCGGGCUGGGAGCCGGGGCUAGCGCCGGGGAGAGGGACGGAGAGCGGCCCCCACCCCGGUCUCCCGGCCCCGGCUGCCGCGCGGGGCGCCGCGGUCCCGGCCCCGGUCCGAGGGGAAGGGGCCACAGCGACCCGGGUGCGGAGGUGGAUGGGACAAAUCAGAGAGGGCACUUGAACAUAGAUUUUUUUUUUUAAUUAUUAUUAGCAGUAUUAUUAUUAUUCUGAGCCAGGAAACAAACAAACUUGAAAUGUAAACUUAUUAUUUAAGCGACUUGCAGAAACAAAGAGACUGGACCAUUGCUAUGGAAGACUUUGUAUUUUUUAUCGUCUCUAAACUUUGAUCCUGUGAAAAUGCGCAAAGUUUGGUGAGAGUGAUUUAAAAACAAUCGAGAGAGUUAAAAAAUAAGACAAAAAAUAACCGAACAAAACCCCUAUUCCGUGUGGCUGAAAGUAUCGCAUUUUUAAAAGAAAAAUUUAUGUGCACCUUGUUUCUUUCCACUUUGCAAUGAUGUAUAAACAAGACAUGCUAUUUAUUUGUUAUUCUUUAAAUGACCCUUCCACGCCAACAAUAUUUAUCAUGUGUUAAGGUCAGGGGUCUUAUGUGCAGUUACUUUAAAUGCUUCUAAAAUUCUGUUCAUGGAUUAACUUAAACUGUGUGCCAAGUGUUUAAAACGUUUAUUUGCCAACAACGUAUAACCAGAAAUGUUGAUGUAUCCGAGCUGCUUAGGUUUAUGAAAGGUCAUCUGGAUUUUAAGUUGCAUCAUCCCUGUAUUUAAAUUGAGCUUUAAUAAAUUGCUUCAGUCCAAAAAUUACAGGAAAGGUGUAUUCUUAAUUGCUCAACCAACUGAUUUUUAAAAGGGUAUUCUUUGCAUUAUAACAGGUAAUAGCUAUUUACUUUUACAAGGCAUCAGAGCAAUAGCUGCUACAAGAACACUUGCCAAGCCAAUGUUUUCCCAGGCGCUGUGUUUUCAAAGGUAUAAUUUAAACUGCUUUUAAUGUGUAUGUAAAUUAUUCUGACUGUUGAUGAUUAUUUAAGUUGAAAUACUUUAAAAUACUUAAAAUACUUUAGGCUGAUUUACCGAACGCGUGGAAUUCUUAUACU